UCUCCUCUUUGCUUAACAUUCCUGUAAUUCACCUACUUGGUUCUUAAUGGGAAGCCCUAAGCUCAGGCUCUAGCAGUCACAUGAUGGAUUCAGACUUUCUCUCACUUUUCAUGCUCUAAACAGAAGAACCAGCAGGCCAUGCUCCUCUUCACAUCUCAGUUCUGCUGCUUUUGUUAACUGUCUUACUAAAACUGACCUCUUCUCACAGUGCCAAGCUUCUUGAGUAAGCAGAGGAAGAGCACAUGGCUGCCUGGUGUUGAAACCACCCCCUUCAGCAGAAAGAUGGUGCAAGUGUUCUGGUGGAGAAGCACAUGUGCGGCUGUGCAGUCCCUCCCCUCUGACAAGUGCAGCAGAGACACGGAAGUAGAGUGAAGGCUUAGUGUGUGUGUGUGUGUGUGUGUGUAGCUGUGUGUGUGUGUGGAGGGAAUGUAUAAAAGGAGGGGGUGCAUACAUGCUUGGGUCAAAUCAGAAGAAAUAGUGAUGGUGAUGCCAUGAAGGUUUUUGGAAGGUCAGAGGAGAAACGUUCAUUUGGUUCUGAAUGAGAUUUUCAUCAUCUAUAUUUCCUUAUUCCUUCCUUCGUCAUGUCGCUGCUGACUCACAUACUGGCCUGCCUUUUUGGUAUGGGCUCAUGGGUAGCCAUCAAUGGAAUGUGGGUGGAGCUCCCCCUGGUUGUGCCUGAGAUUCCAGAGCAUUGGUACCUGCCUUCCUAUCUCACAAUCCUCAUCCAAAUGGCCAACGUAGGUCCUCUGUUCAUCACCCUGAUGCAUCGCUUCCGUCCAGGAGAAUUAGAUGAGCGACCAGUUAUCUACUUUAUCGUAGCGCUGGGAAUUGUUGCAACAUUCCUGCUGUCUUUUUUCUGGAGGCAAACAGUGACAAUAGCUGGUUCAUUGCACAGUGUGCCACUGUUGAUUUUAAGUUUUCUGCUGUCUGUGGUGGACUGCACAUCAUCAGUCACAUUCCUGCCUUUCAUGAUGCGCCUACGUCCGCAAUACCUCACUACGUACUUUGUGGGAGAAGGCCUCAGUGGAUUAGUACCUGCACUUGUGGCUUUAAUUCAGGGUGUUGGUGUAGUUCAUUGCAAAAAUGCUACCUUGGCUGGAAACGGAUCAUCUGAUAAUUCCAGUAUCGUGGGAAAUGGAGAAUUACAAGCUGUCUACCAGCCUGCCAAAUUCUCUGUCCAGGUUUUCUUUGUGUUUCUCAGUGCCAUGAUGGUUGUGUGUCUGGUAGCCUUUAUCCUACUGAAUCACCAUCCCGCGGUAGCCCUGGAAAGAAAGAGUGACCGGUAUUUCAGUACGGACCAAGAGAAAAAUGAACAAGGAUUUUCUCUGCACGCCCAGACACCGGAGCAGAAACCAAUGCUGAAUCAUUUGGAGUCUGUCCAAAAAGAACCAAGAAGUUCAUUUGGAAAGGGAACAUACAGCAACUUGGAAGUAGUGUUCAUCUUUGUCGUGCUGGCUUGGGUCAAUGCUUUGACCAAUGCAGUGCUGCCCGCAGUGCAGUCCUACUCCUGUCUGCCUUAUGGAAACAAAGCCUACCAUCUAGCAGCCACUAUGGCUGCUGUUGCUAACCCCAUUGCUUGCUUCAUUGCCAUGUUUGUGCCAAUAAGGUCUCUCACCUUCAUGGGGUCUUUGACCAUUUUUGGUACAGGCCAUGGGGCCUACAUCAUGGCCAUGGCUGCACUGAGCCCUUGUCCAUUGCUGGUCCAUAGUACCUCUGGAACUGCUGUCAUAGUGCUGGCCUGGAUCUUUUUCGUGCUGUCACUGUCUUAUGUGAAGAUCAUCAUUGGGGUGAUUCUGAGAGAUGAGGGACACAGCGCCCUCGUGUGGUGUGGUGCUGUAGUACAGCUUGGCUCCAUGCUUGGUGCUUUAACCAUGUUUCCACUGGUUAGUGUCUAUGGACUGUUCAGGUCAGGUGAUGCCUGCAACACCAAGUGUCCAUCAUAGACAAUAAACGCAUCAGCAUUAAACACUACUGAGCAAACCUUAGACUAAACUGUACUUAUGAUAGAAGCUCUGAGUUCCAGCUGGUAUGUUUCUUGCUUCAGGAAGAAUGAGAGGUCACAGGUGAUUCCUCACUUCUAGACUUAUUUAAAGUAUUUAUACAUGGAGUGAAAGUUACCAAAAACUAUUUAUAUCCACAUGGUCAUAAAUUCAGACUAUGAUAGACCAAAACUGAAGCUAUCUAUUAAACAUUCAUUUUACUUGAAAUGUUGAGGUGAUAUAAAUGUAUUAAAGUAGGCUGUUUUUGUCCCUGUAUGAGGAAAUUGUAGUUUUGGCUUUUAAAAGUGCCUUAGUUUCUGUUGCUUAUGAAAUGAAUACAUUUUAAUUUGUAUAAAAUACUGUUUAAAUGGGCUUUGUUACUGGAGGGUGUUUGUUGGACAACACCAAAUAAAUGGUAAAUGGUCUGUAUUUGA